AUGCGUUUCAUCACCCUGGCUGUUUCUUCCCUGGUGGCCCUGGCUUCCGCCUACACUGAGCCCAACUACGCCAAACCUCCUCUGGGCAACCCUAUCCUCAAGCCUGGUCUGAACGAGCAGGUGUCUGCUGGCAAGUCCUACACCAUUGAAUGGACUCCCACCACCGAGGGCACCGUCUCGCUGGUCCUCCUCCGCGGCCCCAGCACCAACGUCGUCCCCAUCGACACUCUCGCUGAGGCCAUCCCCAACUCGGGCCACUUCGUCUGGACCCCCAGCACCAAGCUCGAUGACGACGUCACCCACUACGGUCUCCUGCUCGUCGUUGAGGGCACCGGCCAGUACCAGUGGUCCACCCAGUUCGGUGUCUCCAACCCCGGCCACGCUGGCUCCUCCUCUUCCUCCGCCUCGGUGUCCGAGACCGUCCCUGCUGCUGAGCCCACCGCCACUGCUAAGCCCACUGCCUCCGAGGUCACCAUCAUCACCACCGAGAGCACCACCUACUGCCCGGAGUCUGAAUCCGCCACUGCCACCACGCCCACCGCCCACGUCAGCCUGACCAGCAUCCCCAUCAUCGUCGGCACCGGUGGUGUGUCCGUCCCCGUGGUCUCGCCCACUCAGACCCCUUACCGUCCCAGCACCCUGCAGAGCACCUAUGGCACUAGCACCCCCACCGCCAGCGGCCCCUCUCCCCUCUUCACUGGUGCUGCCGACCGUACCGCCAUCAGCCUCGGUGCCGUUGCUGCCGGUGUCCUCGCCGUUCUCGCCUUUUAA